AUGAACCGGUUUACGGUUCGUCAACUCUCUAAUCUCAGUCGAGCUGCUUCGUACAAUAUCUUCGAUGCGUGCUUCAAUUUUCCUUCGGCAGAUGUGGAGGUGCCUCAGAUGACGUUGCAUUUUGAUAAUAAUGUGGAUGUGGCUCUGCAGCAGAUUAAUGUUUUAAUUCCUGUGGAUGAGCAAGGGUCGGUGCAAUGCUUGGCUUUCGCGCCUCCACCUGCGAACUCCUCAGUUUCGACAACAUCUAUAUUGGGGAGUUACCAGCAGCACAACUUCCGAAUAGUUUAUGAUGUUCCUGGUUCACGACUUGGAAUAGCUCCUGAAAGCUGUGAUGAGGACGCCGGCGUUCCGUUGGCCGUAAAGAACGGAGAGUACGUAAUCAAUUUGGGCUUCGGCACGCCUAAGCAGAGCUUCUACACAUUGCUCGACACGGGCAGUGACAUCACCUGGAUUCCCUGCGACUCAGGGAACUUGUUCGACCCCUCCAGAUCAUCCACCUACAAAUACCUGACUUGCUCUUCCAAGACUUGCCAGGCAUUCGGCAGCACUCCAACCUGUGGGAAUUACAACUGCAGCAUUAGACAGACCUACGGCGACGGAUCCCAGGUGCUCGUGCUGCUCUCAACGGACUCGCUGGCCGUGGACUCGCAGUCUAUGCCAGGCUUUAUAUUCGGCUGUGCCAAAGCUCGGACUGGGCUAAUCACCUCCACGCCCGGUCUGGUAGGCUUUGGCAGGGAGUCGUUCUCGUUUGUUUCACAGACGGCCAAUCUGUUCCAGAAAACCUUCUCUUAUUGCAUCCCGUCUUCCACUUCCACGGGUUGCCUUGCACUCGGCAAAUCCGCGCUUUCAUCCUCCGGACUGCAGUUUACGUCUCUCUUGACCAACUCUGCCAAUCCUUCGUUCUAUUACGUGGGGUUAAACGGAGUCUCGGUUGGAGAAGACCGCGUGGCUGUACCGGCCAUGGGGCAAUCAAGCGGGAAAGGGACAAUUAUAGACUCGGGAACAACUAUCACUCGGCUGGCGGAACCCGCUUACAGUUCAGUGAGAGACUCUUUCGUUCGCCAUCUCUCCAAAUACAGUCGAGCCGCUUCGUUUUCGAUCUUCGAUGCGUGCUUCAAUUUUCCUUCGGGGGAUGUGGAGGUGCCUCAGAUCACGUUGCAUUUUGAUAAUAAUGUGGACGUGCCUCUGCCGCCCACUAAUUAUUUAAUUCGCGAAAGUGCGCAGGGGUCGGUGAUAUGCUAGGCUUUGGCUGCACCUCCUAAAAGCUCCUCGGGUUCAGGAGUUUCUAUAUUGGGGAAUUUCCAGCAGCGCAACUUCCGAGUGGUAUAUGACAUUCCUGCAUCUCGGCUUGGAAUCGCUCCUCAAAGCUGCAAAGGUUGUUAGAUGAUUACAUAUUCCUCUGCCGUGCCGCCUCCAAGCUUCUAAACAGCCCUACCUAUAUAAGCUCUCGUUUGACUACUUGAAGAAUAAGGUUUUCUGAAUGACUAUCACUAAUAUAUAUAAGCUAUUAUUCGAUCA